UAUAUAUAUUUUUUGAUUUUUUUGUACUAUAUACAUUUACUGUAAAUAAAAUACUGACUACAUAUUUAUCAUAAAUAAAAAAAAAAAAAUCAUGGAUCGGAAAUAGAAAAUUAAAUUCGUCGUUUCCGCAGAACAAUCGAACGAUGUCACAACAUUAUCGAAAUGUUCGAAAUGUCCAUAUACUCGUUGUACCCGGCGAGUCGCCGUCAUCGGGGAGGAAAGGGGUGAGAGCCAGGGGAUGGCGGUCGUGAGUUUCUUCCGCGAGAGGAGGGUGGGUUUCCGCUACCACCGCCCGCUACCCGCACCAGCCGGCGGGAGUAUAAAGUGGUCGCGUGCACCAAAGCUCGGUCACUCUGUCGCGGAGACAUCGAAGAGACGACGCUACCCGGAGAUCGAGUUGUUGUCUUGGCUUCGCAUUCAAGUGUCACCCUCCCUUCGCUCCCAUCGGAACGAACGUCGGACGAACACCGGGCCUGCACGAGAUUCUAUAAAGAUGUCAUCGGUACGAAACGCAGCUACACUGGCGUUGGUGCUUCUCGUCUUGGCAGAGUGGUCGGUGGCGAUGCCAACGACCGACACAGACAAAGACAGACUGUUGAACACCGUGGACUUGAUAGAUGAUGAUGGCAGCAUCGAGACAGCCCUGAUAAAUUACCUAUUUACCAAGCAGAUCGUGAAGCGUCUUCGUAGUCAGCUGGACAUCGGCGAUUUACAGCGUAAACGCAGCUACUGGAAGCAGUGCGCCUUCAACGCGGUGUCCUGCUUCGGUAAAUAAGCAGGACGAAGAAAAAAAAACGAAUGGCGAGAGACGCAAGGGAAGCUCGUACAUAUAUAUAUGUAUAUUUAUGGAAAAUUAUAUUGUCGGAAAGUUUAAGGGAACGCGAUAGAAACGCAAAGGAGAUUCCAGAAAGUCUUUUAAAUUUCGAUAAAAAAAUGUUAUUAAAGUUACACGUUAUUUUAAAAUAUUAAACAUAUAAUUGAUAAUGGCCACUGUGUAUGGUAAUUUACACCAAUUCUAAUAAUGACAUAAUAAUUUAACGUUAUUAAAAUACGCGAAACAUUAAAUACGCAUCUCCCUUAAUAUAAUGUACGUUUAACAAAAUAAUUCGAUAUAAAAUGAUAGAUGUGAUAAAAUAUUUAAUAAUCCAUUCAACGAAAUAAUCAAAAUUGAUUUCGAGAUUAAGAGGCGCCUAUAGACUCUUCGCACGAUAAAGAAUUAAUUAAUUAAUUUCAAAUUAUAGCAACAACAAUUAAUGCGCGCGUAUAAACGAUUCUCUUUCGUCAUUUCUAUGCGUUUCUGUUUGCUCUAAUUCGAAGCAACUGACUGCGUUAUUAAUCCGUGAGGGAAUAAAUCGAGGAGCAAAGACGGAAAUUAUCGUCGGAAGCGCAAGUCAAAGUCGGUUGCCCCUAAAACGAACAAUUAUUCGAUAUCAUCUCGCGAGUUUAUCCCGUGCGGAGUAUUCCCGAAUUUUCCGACAAGGGCGGUAUGUACGAGAGAAAGACAAAGAAAAGAGAAAGAUCCUUCUUCAUCUCCUCGCAAAUUAUCCGAUUUAGAGCUUUCAAGAAGAACAAAGAACAAAGUAGCUGCGAAUGUCAAUCCCGUCGCUGUUUUCGAACCCUUUGCAUCGCUUUCCCUUCGAGGGGAAAAGAUAAGAGCGGAUAAGAGAAAUAAAAAUAAAUAGAAAAAGAGAGAGAAAGACAAAGCGGAUGAAUAAAAUUAAAAUCGAGGAAAAAAGCACGAUAAUGUAAAAUUAAUCGUGACAUCGAUUAAUUUUAUAUCAUCAAUCGUGCGCACGAAAUAAUUAUUGUUAGGUUCUGUAAAUGAUAAUAAGAUAGAUAGCGGGGGCGCGAAUGCAAAGGGUAACGAUACGAUUAACGAAUGUAAUCGAAUACAUAUCAGAGGAUACCGCAGAGAACACGUGCCAAGUCUAAUUCUUCUUUCGCGCUGCUGUAAGCUCCUAUCUCUGUAUCAUCAUAACCCACCAACCUUUAGCGUGCUGUUCGAUACGUAUGAUAUUUAAUUGAUGCGUAAUUUCAUUUGCCUGUGUCGUCGAUGUGUCCCGCCCUAUACAUGUCACAGCGUUCUGUAAAUGAUUAAACUUGUUGUGUAAUUGGCCCCUCAA